GAACUGACGUCUGCUCCCUGCAAGUGGAUGGAAAAAUGCAGCUGCAGGAAAAAUGGCUUCAAACGCCGCACGGCUGAAAGGUGUUUAAAGCCUUUAUGUACCACCUUUUGACCACUUUAACUUAAAAGCCGUCACACUCAUGGCACCAUCUACUUGACAGAAUGGCCCAGAUAUCUAGUGGUAAUGGGUUCAAGCUGGAUGUCCCCCAGCCAAAGGGGAUUGUGGGUAAAGAGGAAGCCCUACGCAUGGAAGAAGAAGCUUUAGCAAAACUGCGAAGAGAGAAGAGGCACACUCUUUCAACUUCACCAUCCUCUUCUUCCUCUGGAGCAGCCUCCUCUGUCACCAAACCAAAUCCUUCCAAAUCUGCCACUACUGCCCCUCAGCCUUUUCCGUCUACUAGUAGACUAGACAAAGACCUCAUUGUCUUCCCAGAGGCAAAGAAACCGGCAGAGCAGGACAAGUUCAAGGAAAUUGAUGUGGACAAGCUGACCAAUGAGGAACUUGAAAAGCUCCUCCUUGAUGAGAACUUUGGGGCUAAUAGUAAAGUGUGUCGCCCGUCGUCACUGGUGGGGUUCAACCUCAGUGCUUCCUACCCUGGAGGCCAUGCCUGCAGCUCGUCUCCUUUCCAGAGCAGCCAGUGGACACCUGUUCUCCCUACCCCCUCUAGUUCAGGGGUGUCCACUCCUACCCAUCAGCCCGCCCCCAUGUUCCCUUCUGCCCCGUUCCCCAAGCCAGGCACAUUUCAAAAUGGAUUCACUCCAACCAUUUCGCCCUUCAUGACCCUUCCGGCACAGCAGCCGUCCUUCAUGGCUUUCUCUCCCAUCCAGCCUGCUGCAACUGCUGCGAUGGUCUAUCAGCAGCCAGCCGUGGACCCCGAGAUGGCUAAACUGUUUGACAAGAUCGCCAGCACCUCGGAAUACUUGAAGAAUGGAAAAUCGGCCACCGCUGACGUGGAUUCCGCUCAGGCCGGCACGGCUUCUCUGGCACCCAACCCGCCACCGCAACAGCCAGCGGUGGUGGAGUCUUCGCACAUCGGCCGCUUUGACUGGCUGGAUCUGGACCCACUCACAAAGCGUAAAGCUGAAAAUGAGGAAGCAUCUCAGGCAUCAGGGCCAGACUCACAAACGGAAUCGGGAGUUUCUGCGGGUGAUCCGUGGGAUGCAGUACUGGAGACUGAAGGGAACAGCAGCAGCAGCAACAACAGCCCCUCGCUGGAGGGGAAGGUUUCACUGUCGGUUCGGCCACAGCCCAGGAGAGGAUCAACCGGAACGACGGUCACUCGGAGCCACUCGCUCAACAUCCCAGGAACCUCCUCCCCGUACAAACCAAACAAUCAGGAGAAGGGAAAAGGAAAAGGAUUGGUGAGGAACGCCGCCCUUGAGGAGCGGGACGCUCAGAACCUGGAGAUUGUUGCCUUCUGUGAAGACGUCGCAGCCCUGCGCUCCAAAUUCCCUCAUGACGACAUUGCAACCAACCCCGGCUUCGUUCUCAGCCCCGUGAUCACCCAGAGGAACAGUGGAGGUGACAGCAGCUGCUCUGUCAAGGUUUCCAUCGAAAUCUCCGACUCUCAGCAGCCUGUGACUUUCACCUGUGACGUGAGUUCUCCAGUGGAGCUGCUGAUCAGUCAGACUCUGUGCUGGGUCCACGACAACCUGGACCAGGUGGACUUCUCCAGCUACUUGCUUAAAGUCUGUGGUCGGGAGGAGGUGCUGCAGAAUAAACACAGCCUGGGCAGCCAUGAGUACGUCCAGAACUGCAGGAAGUGGGAGAAUGAGAUCACAUUACAACUUCUCUCCCACUCAACCAUGAGGAGGGACUUGGCGCGCACCGAAGAAGAUGACCACUCUCGAAUUGACUUGGAGAAGCACCUGGGUCAGGUGGAGAGGCCUUUUAAGGAGAAUGUCACCAGACAAGGCCUGGCUGACUAUCUGGAGGGCUAUCACACUCAAGUCAACAUCUGCCUGCAAAACGAGAGCACCCAGUACAAGACAGUGGAGCGGGUGGUGCAGACCGUGAAGAAUCUGUGCUGCGCUCUCGAUGAGGUGGAGACUCAAGCCAUUACAGAGGCCGUGAAAAGACUAAAGCACUCCAUCAAUUUACCCCGGACACGCUCGCCCAAGAUGGGAUCCAGGUCGUCUGGUCAGCCAUCAGACGCUGCAGCCAGUCCUGUGGAGGAAGGCAUGGCUCUGCUAACGCAGGCUGUGUACGACCUGGUCAAGCUCUACAUGCUUUCCUUCUGUCCGCCGUCGACCUCCUUCAACUCGUCUCCGCCGCCGCAGACUGCGGAUGGGGAAGAGGCUGAGGGGAGGAGCAGCAAGGAGGCCUCGGGCACCACAGACCACCUUCAGUUCACCCUGUUUGCCUUGCACGGCAUCCCGGCCAGCUGGGUCAGCAGUUAUGAGAAGUACUUCCUGAUGUGUUCCCUCACCCACAAUGGCAAGAACCUGUUUAAACCGGUCCAGUCAAAGAAAGUGGGCACCUACAAAAGCUUCUUCUAUCACAUCAAAUGGGAUGAACUGAUCAACUUCCCGAUCGCAGUAGCUGUGCUCCCGCUGGAGUCCAUCCUGAGCCUGACUCUCUUUGGAGUGCUCAACCAGAAUGCAAGCGGCUCUCCGGACUCCAACAAGCAGAGGAAAGGCCCAGAGAUGCUGGGCAAAGUCUCCAUGCCGCUCUUUGACUUCAGACGGGUACUUGCCAGAGGCAGCAGGCUGCUGUGUCUUUGGACGUCUGCACAGGGAGCGACUGCUGCUGGCGGCGCCACAGGAAGCCGCAAGAGGGUGCCAACAGAAAGAAUCGUUCUACAGGUGGACUUCCCCAGCUCAGCAGUGGACGUUUUAUAUGUCGGACCCAAGGAGGGCCCCAGUCCAGAGCCUCACACCCUGGAGGAGCUGGACCCUGACCUGCGGCGCAAACUGGAGAAGAUCUGCAGCCGAGCUUCCACUUUCGGGCUGAAGCGGGCAGAUCACCAGCUCCUGUGGGACCACCGGGCCCACUGCCGGCGGGACCACCCCAGCAGCCUCCCCAAGGUGCUGGCCAGCGCGCCCAGCUGGGACUGGGCCAGCAUGGCUCACAUCCACUCGCUGCUGCACCGCUGGCCCGCCUUGCCGCCCGUCACUGCGCUGGAGCUGCUGGACUCAAAGUUCGCGGAUACUGAGGUGAGAUGUGUGGCUGUCGACUGGAUUGAGAAGAGCAGCGACGACGAGCUGGCUGACUACCUGCCACAGUUAGUGCAGGCUCUAAAGUUUGAGUGUCACCUGAAGAGCGCUCUGGUCAUGUUCCUGCUGUCAAGAGCACAAGGCAACAUUAACAUAGCCCACUACCUCUACUGGCUGCUGAAGGAUGCGGUGCAGGAUCCCGCCUGGGGGCGGCGCUACGAGCGGGUGCUGGGUGCCCUGCUGUGUCUGUGUGGAGGCAAACUGAGGGUGGAGCUGGAGAAACAGACUCACCUGGUGACUCUGCUGGGAGCCGUGGCCGAGCGAGUCCGACAGGCCGGGGGAUCCACGCGCCAAGUUGCACUCCAGGAGGGCCUUGAAAAUGUUCAGAACUUUUUCCAGAGGAACAGCUGCCGUCUGCCCCUCAGCCCCAGUCUGGUGGCCAAAGAGCUGAACAUCAAGGCCUGCUCCUUCUUCAACUCCAACGCAGUUCCUCUGAAGCUGGCUCUGGUCAACGCAGACCCACUGGGAGAGGAGAUCAACGUUAUGUUUAAGGUGGGAGAGGACCUGAGGCAGGACAUGCUGGCUCUGCAGAUGAUCCGCAUCAUGGACCGCAUCUGGCUGCAGGAGGGCCUGGACCUCCGCAUCGUCAACUUCAAAUGCAUCUCCACCGGCAAGGACAAAGGCAUGGUGGAGCUGGUGCCCUUCUCCGACACUUUGAGAAAGAUCCAGGUGGAGUACGGUGUCACGGGAUCCUUCAAGGACAAACCGCUGGCGGAGUGGCUCCGCAAGUACAACCCUGCUGAGGACGAGUAUGAGAAGGCGUCCGAGAACUUCAUCUACUCUUGUGCUGGAUGCUGCGUCGCUACCUACGUGCUCGGCAUCUGCGAUCGCCAUAACGACAACAUCAUGCUGCGCUCCACCGGUCACAUGUUUCACAUCGAUUUCGGGAAGUUCCUGGGCCACGCCCAAAUGUUUGGCAGCUUCAAAAGGGACCGAGCGCCGUUCGUCCUGACCUCUGACAUGGCGUACGUCAUCAACGGCGGCGAGCGUCCCACCAGCCGCUUCCAGCUGUUUGUGGACCUGUGCUGCCAGGCCUACAACCUCAUCCGCAAGCACUCCGGGCUUUUCCUCAACCUGCUGUCACUGAUGACUUCCUCAGGCCUCCCAGAGCUGACCGGCUCUCAGGACCUGAAGUAUGUCUGUGACGCCCUGCAGCCCAACAACACAGACGCUGAGGCCACCAUCUUCUUCACCAGGCUGAUCGAGUCCAGUCUGGGAAGUGUGGCCACCAAGUUCAACUUCUUCAUCCACAACCUCGCCCAGCUGCGCUUCUCCGGUCUUCCGGCCAAUGACGAGCCAAUCCUGUCCUUCUCCCCGAAGACGUACACCUUGAAGCAGGAGGGCCGCAUCCUCCACGCCUCCAUCUUCUCUUUCCAGAAGAGAUACAACCCCGACAAACACUAUACGUACGUGGUGAGAAUAAUGAGGGAGGGUCAGAAUGAGCCACAGUUUGUCUUCCGCACUUUCGAUGAGUUUCAGGAGCUUCACAAUAAACUGACGAUCCUCUUCCCUCUGUGGAAGCUGCCGAGUUUCCCGAACAAGAUGGUUCUCGGUCGAACCCACAUCAAAGAGGUUGCAGCCAAGAGAAAGUUGGAGCUGAACAACUACGUUCACAACCUGAUGAGGAGCUCCGUGGAGGUCACCCAGUGUGACCUGAUCUACACCUUCUUUCAUCCAAUUGCUCGUGAUGACAAGACAGAAGGAUUAGACGCCGCAGCCAAAGCACCUGAGCCGCCGCUGAGUCCCACCUCGGGCCGAGUGGAAGGAGAGGUGAAGCUUUCAAUCUCCUACAGGAACAGCACUCUCUUCAUCAUGGUCAUGCACAUCAAAGACCUGGUCUCUGAAGAUGGAACAGAUCCCAACCCAUAUGUGAAAACCUACCUGCUGCCAGAUCCUCACAAGACGUCCAAACGCAAGACCAAAAUCUCCAGGAAAACCAGAAACCCCACUUUCAAUGAGAUGCUGGUGUACAGCGGCUACAGCAAAGAGACUCUGGGCCUCCGGGAGCUGCAGCUGAGCGUGCUCAGUGCCGAGUCGCUGCGUGAGAACUACUUCCUGGGCGGCAUCACGCUCAGACUCAAAGACUUUGACCUCAGCAAGGAGACGGUCAAGUGGUACAAACUGACGGCCGUCCCGUACUUCUAACUCCCCCCCACCCCCACCCCCGCCGGCCUGCCUCCCCCCGGUGGCGGGACGACUCUGCCUCUCCAGACGAAACCGGGGCUGCAUUAAGGUCACACAGGAAAUGCAGCAGAUGCGACCUUACUUGAAAAUACUGGUCACCUCAACUUUCAUUUAAAAAAAAAAAGAAGAGAAAAAACAAACACUACUCCAGGACUCGUCUGGAAGCGGAUACCUUCGAAUCUGAAG